AUGCUCCCCGGCGCCGCCGCCACACCGCAGGAGGGGCCCGAGCGGGCCGCAGCAGCCGGGCGCCCCGGCGGCUCCGGGCCCCGCCGCGGGGCCCGAGCAGGACGCCAGGUCGGCCAGCUUGGCGCGGGCAGCCAGGGCCAGGGCGAUGGAGCCCUGAAGCCUCCCCCGUCAACUCAGUGCCCGUCGGUCGUUGGAGAGGAGGUCUUGUUCCUUUUCCUUUCUCUUCAUGGGGCGGGCGGCGACCCAGUCUACUUCCAACGCCUUCCUACUUCCAUGCUUCUGCCAACUUUUUCCGACCGACGGCGCGGCCGUUGCGCGCACUCCCGCGAGGCCCGCGGCGCGCGGAACGCGCUCCGUGGCGUGCCGCCGCGAGGCCUGCGUGUGCGCGGCACGUCUUCCGCUCUCGCGGCCGCGAGGCUCCCCGCGUCGCCAGCCUCCGCUGCGGUAAUGGGUCGUGAACCCCCCGCGGCGGAUCCAGGCCAUUUGCGAGCGGCUGCUUUGCGAGCAGCGGAGCGCGCUUUUCUAAGCGUUCUCGGGGGACGCCCCCAGGUUUCAGGACCGUCUUCCUUCGCAGCCCGCUUCCUCUCCUGCUGAGUACAGCCGCAGGCGGUGGGGGCCGCGUCUGCUUGUGGUGCGCGGCGCACCAUCUACGGCCACGUGAGGCCACGCGUGCCACGGGGCGCGCGCCUGCGGUGCAUGACGGCGCCGCAUGUAGUGCGGAGGUCUGCCGGCACGUGAGGGUAGAGGAGCAGCGGGCGUAAUAAGGGGCGGGAGCACAGGCAGGCGAGAGGGCGAGAGCGCCGGAAGCUGCCGCCCACGUCCCUUUUCGCCCCGCGGCAGUGCUGCCCUCGCUCCGGGCACUGGCCCGCAGCCCCCCUGCGACAAACCUUGCGUUUCGGGCCCCUGGUCUCCCCCUUGGGCCGGCCCGGGGCUGAGUUUUCCUUGUCGCCCUCCCCCCCUCGUCCUCCUGCUCGCCUCUCCUCCUC